AUGACCUGUGCUAUUGCAGGCAGGACCUUUGUCCAGCCUCGCUCCCACCAGCGGAAUAAUUCGACCGCCAUUUUUCUCGCUUUAUGCCGGACUGAAAUCGAAACAGAGACAGAAUGCGCGGAUAGCAUUCUCUGUUCCAACAACAACAACGUCAACGCCAACAACAACAACAACAACAAUAACAACAAUGUAGCCAGUAUCAAGAAAGUUGGCGCCAGUAUCACUAACAACGAAGGACACGAUGGAAUGGAAAUGGAUUGCGGUGGUUGCGGGGAAAGCGUUCGCGAACGUACCGUCCUCUGCGUAGGGGGUCGUACCUGGCAUUCCAGGUGCCUCAAGUGUUGCGCCUGUGCAAGACCCCUGCACGAUCAACACUCCUGUUUUCUCCGAGGGAUGCGGCUUUACUGCAGGCACGACUACGCCUUAACCUUCGGUGCAAAAUGUGCGAAAUGUGGUCGAAGCGUGGGCGCUGGGGACUGGGUGAGAAGGGCCAGAGAAAGGGUUUAUCACUUGGCUUGCUUCGCUUGCGAUGCUUGUUCCCGUCAGCUGUCCACGGGGGAGCAAUUCGCCCUGUUGGACGCCAGGUUGCUCUGCAAAGCUCACUAUCUGGACGUCGUUGAGGGAAACAAUACCUCGUCCUCGGAGGACUGUGACUCUGAACACGGUGGCAAAGGCAGCAAGACAAAGAGGGUCAGGACAACUUUCACGGAGGAGCAGCUUUCGGUUCUGCAGGCGAAUUUUCAGUUAGACAGCAAUCCCGAUGGCCAGGACCUCGAGAGAAUAGCUCACGUCACCGGGCUGAGCAAAAGAGUGACGCAAGUCUGGUUUCAAAACUCGAGGGCCAGGCAGAAGAAGCACAGCGGAAAGAUAAAGACGCAAAUGCACCACUCACCACCGAUGCAACAUCAUCCAGCAGAGUUGUAUCCCUCCGGUGUGAACAUGGUGGGCGCCUAUUUGGGGGGAUAUCAGGGUGGCAGCGCAGGAAGCGAGAGUCCUGGCAGUCCACUGACACCUCUCACCCCUUUAACACCUCUAACCCCAACGACACCGAAUCACCUUCAGGCCCAAUUCUGUCAUCAAACGGGGUAA